CUGUCGAAAGGUAUUUUCGCGGAACGUGUUUUACGAUAUCGUUGAUUUGACGUCCACGUGUGGUGGUGUGGUGUGGUGUUUUUUCGAGUAAAGGGAUCGUGGCUACAAAAGUCAGUGAUCCUGUUAGCAAAAGAGCCAUGACUACGUGUAAAGAAUGGGCUCGAUCGCAUCGGUGCUGCAGUGGCAUUGCUCGGAGUGCGCUCUGAUAAAUCCAACGGAGAAAACGCGAUGCACUAGGUGUGGCCUUACUCGGCUUAAGAGUGAUGAGAAAGCGAAUUUCAGGCUCAGCCUGAGCUUGGAACACAAAGUUCCAGGGCAAAAGGGGGAAAAAAAGAAAAAGGACAACGAGGAAGGUAAUACUUCCUCAGUGUCCGCUCCGCCAACACCUUCGCUGAAAGUCCGUCUGGAAAAACCAGCAGCGGACGAGACGCGUCCGGCAGUUAACGAAUACGUCAAAACCGAUCUCGUACAUCGCUCAGAAGGAAAUUUAAUUGUACCUAAUAAUCAUAUAAAAAAAUUACAUCAUGAUUUAUGGAAUGGAAGGUCUUAUAAAAAAGAGCCAAUUAAACGAUCUUCUUCUCUACCUACAGUAGUAACACAAUGGACUUGUGUUCGUUGUUUAUCAGAGAACAGUUGCAGUUCUGCUGUAACUUGUGUAGUUUGUGAUGCUAAUUAUUCAAUAUCUAAAACUGACAAAAAACAGAUUGGUGCACGUAAAAGUAGAAAAUUAAAUUUGCGUAAAACAAAUCGUCUCAAAACUACAUCUGAACUUUUAGCAAAUAUUUUUGAUGGUUUUAAUGCAACAAGUACUUCUAUAAAUAAUGCAAGGGAUAUUAAUAAAGAUAUGGCACAAUUAACGAGUAUAAGUCGUAAUGAAAGGAGACAAAUUGAUAGGGAAGAUUGGACUUUACCACCGAUAGAAACCAUGGAUUCUACUACGCUUUCCUAUACAAAUGCCACCAAUACCUCUCAGCGUUCACCAAAAAGACAUAGUCCUUCAAUUUAUGAACGAGUUAAAUCUAAAGUUAGUCGCUCUUUAUCUAAUGGCUCUGUUGUACAUAAAUUAUCUGAACAUUCUACUCAAAGACCAACAAGUUUAGUAGUCUCAGAUUCACAACAAGAUGAUGCUCUUUGGAGUUGUGACAAUUGUACUCUUGACAAUGCUCCUGGCCUAGAACAAUGCGAGGCAUGUGAAGCACCUAGAAGUCCAGCGCCUUGCAGUGGAGUAGUUAUCAGUGUACCUGCUUGGGAACCCCGUGCUUUAUCUUCUGCAAGUGCACUAUCUUAUAGACGAUCUUUUUCCGACAUUGAAUCUGUUGCAAAUGUAGCUGAGAAAAAAAUCGUCAAUCGUAGGAGUCUGAACGAAGAUGAGCCACCAGCCGUACCACCACAUUCGGUUGGUUUUAAUACAAGACCAAAGUACUCUUACAUUGGAAUUACUGAUCCUAAUAUACCACCACCAUUGCCAAAAAAACAAAAUAGUAAACUAGGUCUUGUACCAACAAAAGCACAUAGCGAGGCUGCUAGUCCUGUUGGAGAUGUACCUAAUAUAAGCUCUCUAAAACGCAUGUGGACAUGUCGAAAAUGUUCUUAUGCAUAUAAUCCUGCAUGGACAGCUGGUUGCGAUAUAUGUGAAUCUUCUCGAUCACCUCCUUCGCUAACUCAACCUAGUUUAAUAACUGUCACAAAAGAUGAAACAAGUUGUUCGUUGCAUACACAGUCUCCAAUUGUUGUAUCUAGAGAUAGUGUAAGAUACAUUCCACAAAAAACUGCUACAUUGGCUACAGCAGAAUCUGAUUUAGAUGACCAGAUUGAUCCUCCUUCUCCAAAUUGGACUUGUAAAAAAUGUACACUCUUAAAUGCUGCUUCAAGAUCAACGUGUGAAGCAUGUGGUGGUUCAAAACUUAAAAGUAUUAUGCAUUUGGAAGAUGCAACUUUACGGAAAGGUGAAAGUUGGGUGUGCCCGUCGUGUACCUUAAGAAAUCCGCUAUCAGCACAAACUUGUAAUGCUUGUAAAACAUUAGCAGAUUUUCUAGAUGUACCAAAAGAUAGCAGAUUUUUUGGAUCAAGAAGUCCAAGUCCAAGGCUUUGUUCAACCCCUAUAAAUUCAAAAGUUGUUACCCCAAGACACAAAAAUUCUGUAAGAAGAAAUGGUUCUUCGAUUGGAGAUAAAAGACAUUCAAGAAUUAAAGAUUCCACUCAUGGUCAAUGGCAGUGUAAAAUGUGUACAUAUGAAAAUAAGACUACAAAUGGAAUCUGUGAAAUGUGCCAAAUCUCAAAAAAUGUAUCUCAGCUGAUAGGUGAAAGGCCUAGAAUUAUUGAAUCUGGCACAAGCACACUCACAAUACAACGACAGGAAAGUGUAGUUAUGGAAAAUUUAAGACAACUUGAAGAAAGAGAAGCAUUGGAGAAAUGGGAACGAAUUGUUCAGUACUGCAAAGAGACGAAUGAACCUUUCGUUGAUGACUCAUUUCCACCAGCUCCAAAAUCUCUGUAUUAUAAUCCAGCAGAAACGAAAGACAACCAUGUUGUUCAAUGGAGAAGGCCUCAUCAAAUUAACGUUGACUCUACUGUCGAUUCCAAACUGCCUUGGGCUGUUUUUAGAACACCCUUACCUUCUGAUAUCUCACAAGGUGUAUUAGGAAAUUGUUGGCUACUUUCAGCUUUAGCUGUUUUAGCUGAAAGUGAUGAACUUGUAAAGAGAGUUUUAGUAAUGAGAGAAACAUGCCCAGAAGGAGCUUAUCAAGUAAGAUUGUGUAAAGAUGGAAAAUGGACCACAGUACUUGUUGAUGACUUGUUACCCUGUGAUAAAAGAGGCCAUCUAGUAUAUUCUCAGGCCAAAAGAAAACAACUUUGGGUUCCAUUAAUUGAAAAAGCAGUAGCUAAAAUUCAUGGUUGCUAUGAAGCUUUAGUAUCUGGACGUGCUAUAGAAGGUUUAGCAACACUUACAGGUGCUCCUUGUGAGAGUGUGCCUUUGCAACCAUCUGCUUUGCCAAGUGAAGAUGAACUUGACAGGGAUUUAAUAUGGGCGCAACUUUUGUCUUCAAGGCAAGCUAUGUUUUUAAUGGGUGCUAGUUGUGGAGGUGGCAAUAUGAAGGUUGAUGAAGAGGAAUAUCAACGUAAAGGUUUAAGACCAAGGCAUGCUUACUCCGUUCUUGAUGUGCGAGACGUGCAGGGAAUAAGACUAUUGAGACUGCGUAAUCCUUGGGGUCAUUAUAGUUGGAAGGGUGAUUGGUCUGAUGAUAGUCCUAUAUGGACACCACAGUUACGAGAAAUGCUUAUGCCACAUGGUGCAUCUGACGGUGUUUUUUGGAUUUCCUUCGACGAUGUGUUAAAAUAUUUUGACUGUAUUGAUAUUUGUAAAACUAGAGUGGGAUGGAGUGAAGUUAGAUUACGUGGAACACUUCCACCUCUAUCUUCUCUUCGACAUUUAUCGUGUGUACUUCUGACAGUAUUGGAACCUACUGAAACAGAAUUUACAUUAUUUCAAGAAGGGCAAAGGAAUUCUGAAAAAUCACAACGAUCUCAGUUGGAUUUGUGUGUAGUUGUUUUUCGUACACGUUCGCCAGCAGCGCCAGAAGUGGGAAGGCUAGUAGAACAUAGUAAACGACAAGUACGUGGAUUUGUUGGAUGUCACAAAAUGCUAGAAAGGAAUUUGUAUAUUGUUGUAUGUUUAGCCUUUAAUCAUUGGCAUACAGGAAUGGAAGAUACUUCCAGUUAUCCUGAAUAUGUUCUUGCCAUUCAUAGCUCAAAAAGACUUUUAGUUGAACAAAUUUCUCCACCAGCGUUUGUCUUGGCUGAUGCUAUUAUAAGUCUAACUCUAGCAAAGGGACAGCGGCAUGAAGGAAGGGAAGGAAUGACUGCUUAUUACUUAACUAAAGGCUGGGCUGGACUUGUAGUAAUGGUAGAAAAUCGUCAUGUAAAUAAAUGGAUUCAUGUAAAAUGUGACUGCCAUGAAAGCUAUAAUGUCGUGUCCACUAGAGGACAACUCAGAACUGCCGAUAGUGUUCCCCCGCUUCACAGACAAGUCAUCAUAGUUUUAACACAAUUGGAAGGUAGUGGAGGUUUUUCAAUAGCACAUCGACUUACGCACAGACUAGCUAACAGUGGAAAUUUACAUGACUGGGGUCCGCCAGAUACUGAACAUUGUCCUCAAAUCGACACUGAAGUUGAGGGUUUACACAGCCCUCGUUUAAUCACGUGAACAAAAUAAGUGAUUCACAACAAAUAGGACAAUGUUUAAACGUAUCGUUUGUCAAGUAAGAGAUUUAUUAUAUACUCGUGAUAUUCAGAAAUUUAUUAAAACCAAAGCAAGCUAGAAAGAUCUUCUGUACAGACUUAAAUCGUACUGAAGCCGUAACACAUUUUGUGCUUUCUAGCUAUUCGUAUUAUAUGAAAAUUUUUAGCAUUAUGACAAGCUCACUAUUGGAUAUAAUACAAUAAUUAAUGAUUAAUAUACAAUGAUUCUGAGAUCAGUGGUUAGAAAUAUUUUUUUUUAAUUAGAUAGAAAUUAUUCGUUAGAACUAAUGAAAAUGAAUAUACUUUGAAACUUGCGUGCAAAUUAAGCAUUUCUACGGGAACCAUUGAUCCAUAAAGAAGACUUAAGGGAAAUUAAAUAUUUAUGGAAGAACAAAUUAAACACAUUGCUUGUUAUAUAACAAAAAAAAUUAUUUUCUCAAUGUAACAUAUAAGCAUCAUAAAAAAUAACAAAGCGUAACAGUUAUACAGUAAUAAUAUGUAAAAUGAAAUAAGUAACAGCCAUAAUGAUGUAUAAAAAAAGGAACAUAUACACUCUUUUUGGAAUUGCUUAGUGUAUGGUAUAAUUAUGGGUCGAAAUAUUUUCAGUUUUCACAUCUUGCAAGUCGAUCCUGUUUUCGAACACAUACAGCCAUAUUCAGAACCCGCAUUUAAAAAGGUACAUACAGUAUAUUGUGCAUGAAAACAGUUGUUACUGGCAAUGUUUAAAAUUUGUCUAAUCUGUAAAUGUAGUUUUAAAAAAGAAAAGAACAUUAAUUUUUUAAUUACUUAAAUGAGGAUUUUUGAAUAUUGGCCACGUUUUAAAACUUAUUUUAUGUAAGCUUUUAUUGUUUUAAUCUUGUAACUGGAUGAAGUGCUUGUGCUACAAAUGGAUGCAGCGUGUAGCUACAGAACCAAAAAUCUCUCUUGAAAGUUUUACAGUAUAUUGACGCGUUCACUGCCAUUCUGUGUAAUGUACAUUUAACUUUAUUGUUAUUGAAUAUUUCUGUAGUAAAUUAUUGUCAUCAUCAUGGUCGCUAAUUGUUGUAUGUAUUUUAAGUUUAGUUCAUUCAUAAUACAUAUCUUGCAUUUUAUACAUACGCAAGCGUGGCAGUUAACGGGUUAGUUUUAUAAGUCGUGUAUAUUUUGUAAUCAAUGACAUUGGAAUAGAUAUUUACGAUUGUGCACGGUUUUUUUAUAUAUAUACACACAUGUUUUAUUUCUGAAGAAAAUAAUCAAGUAACGAAGAUAUAAUUUUUUUAA